AUGCCUCCCACUCCGCAGCCUUCCUGCCCCUACUCCACUCAUUCGACCUCCCCACCCGCACACAAGGCUGGCAACCUCCUAGACCUGGUCAUCCUGAGGAAUUGCUCCUCCUCCGAUCCCACAGUGACUCCUCUGCACCAGUCCGACCACCACUUAAUUUCCUUCUCCCUCCCUCUUGCUCCCCUCCCUCCCUCCCCUCCAUCCACUCCUACUGUCAUGGUCCGCCUCUCUGCUAGCUACAUUUCUACUGCUGUAACCUCUGCUAAAAUUAAUUAUUAUCAAACAAAAAUUCAUAAAUCUGCCUCUAACCCUCAUCAACUGUUCUCCAUUUUCUCUUCUCUCCUCAGCACUCCUCCUCCCCCACCUCAGUCCUCCCUCGCUGCAGAUGACUUCGCGGUUUUCUUUGAUGAGAAGAUUGCAGACAUCCGCAGCUCCUUCACGUCCACCGCCACCCUUCCCCACUCUCCCCUCUCUGUUCCCUCCCCUUGUUUCUCCACUUUCUCUCCCCUUACUGACUCUGAUGUUUCCCAGCUCCUACUCUCCCACCGCCCUACCACCUGUGCUCUUGACCCUAUCCCUUCCUCUCUCCUCCAGACUAUCACACCUGACAUCCUCCCGUUUGUCACCUCCCUUGUGAACUCCUCCUUGUCUUCUGGAUGUUUCCCCUCAUCCUUCAAGCUGGCCCACAUCACCCCACUGCUGAAAAAGCCCACUCUGGAUCCCUCCGUUAUCCAGAACUACCGUCCUGUUUCCCUUCUCCCUUUUUUAUCCAAAACAAUUGAACGAGCUGCUUCUAACCAACUCUCCUCUUUUCUCUUCCUGAACAACCUCCUAGACCCCCACCAGUCCGGCUUUAGACCUGGCCACUCGACAGAGACCGCACUCCUCUCGGUCUCCGCUCGCAUCUCUGCUUGCCUGAGGGACAUCCAGAGCUGGAUGGAUAACCACCAUCUUAAGCUGAACCCAGGUAAGACAGAGAUGAUCUUCAUCCCUGCUCCAUCCUCUAACCUCCUUGACUUUUCCAUUUCCCUAGGGGACACCAUGGUGUCAUCAUCACCCACCGCAAAAAACCUUGGAGUGGUGAUGGACAACAGACUGUCCCUCUCCCAGAACAUCACGGCGGUGAGUUGAACGUGCAGGUUUUUCCUGUACAACAUCCGGAGAAUCCACCCCUUCCUCACCACCUACGCAACCCAGCUCCUGGUUCAAGCGAUGGUCCUGUCCCACCUGGACUACUGCAACUCGCUGCUGGCUGGUCUGCCAGCAUCCGCCAUCAGACCCCUGCAGCUCAUCCAGAAUGCUGCAGUGCGUCUGGUCUACAACCUCCCCAGACAUUCCCAUGUCACCCCCCUGCUCACUGACCUCCACUGACUGCCUGUUAUAGCUUACAUCAAAUUUAAGAUUUGGUGCUUGCAUACCAGGCAGCUAAGGGGUCAGCACUAGGAUAUAUCCAGAGGAUCAUCAGACCCUACACACCAGCCAGACCUCUCCGUUCUGCCACCUCUGGACGCUUGGCACCUCCCCCUCUUCGUAUCUGUACUUCCCGCUCGCGUCUGCUGUCUGUCCUGGCCCCUCGCUGGUGGAAUGACCUCCCCGUGGCGGUCAGAACAGCAGAGAAUCUGACUACCUUCAAACGCAGACUAAAGACUCAUCUCUUCAGGCUGCACCUCUCCCCACCCCUCCCUAGCCUAUAGUUUAGCUCAAUGUACCUAGUUAGGCUAAUGCGAUCACGUUAGUUUUUAUUUGGCAGGAUUGUUUUUGUCUGAUUCUGAUUAGGCAAAUGUGAUUUCAGUGCUAGUUUGUCCUUAGCAGGAUUGUUUGUUUGUUUGCUGAACAGGUUACCCUACAGGGUUGGAGUCCUGAUCUAUGUGGUCACUUCUGGCACUACGAUCUUUACUUCACUCUAGUGUGUUUCUUUUGCACCUCUGCACCUUGAACUGUUGCACUUGUUGUACGUCGCUCUGGAUAAGAGCGUCUGCUAAAUGCCUGUAAUGUAAUGUAAUGUAACCAAAUAAUUAGUUGGCAGAAAGCGUAAUCAGCUUGCUAUAUUUGGUAGUCCAGUAGCCUAUGCUAAAACAGUUCGCAACUUCGGCUACCAAGCCAUUUCACUAGCUAGCUAACCCUAAUCGGCAAAUAUUCAAUCUGUCAAACGUGUUUGACGGCUUGUCAGUCGUAUACAUUCCGUAAAUGUCUACCUGGGCCAUACUUCACGCAUGUGACAAAGCUACUAUAAUCCCGAUUUUGGGAUAAAUACUGCAAAUUUUUCAGUUUCAUGAAGCGAAUUAAGAGUCUUAAGGUUUACUUGCUGAAUAACAUACAACACAUGAUGAAAUCACACACAGAAUUUAACGAAAUUAACCAUCUUUGUAAGACUGGCAUUUAGAAAGGAACAUGUUUUUAACAUUUAAGAGACCGACAAGAGCAUUUAAGACAGUGGUUCUCAGAAUCGGUCCUGGGGGCUCCUUGUGUAUAUUGGCUUUUCUCCAUUGGUUUUGAUGAUUUACAAGAAAAUAAUAAUAAUAGCCUAAUAAUAAUUAGAAAUUCAAUGUACAUUAUUUUUGUCUUCAUGCACCAGGUGGAAAACUUGCUGUACAAAGUGCGUUGUCAUAUUUACACGCCUGCAGAUCAGUUAUUAAAAUACUUGGUAGAUUUGUUAAUAACCGCUGACAGUGUUAAUUUUUAUUCGGUAGAAAGUAACUUGCAAACGAUCGGUCAACUAGCGUCACCCAGCAAGUGAACACCACAAACAGGGUAGCUAGUAGCUAGCUAGUAGCAGUUACUGGCUCAUUAACUGACUGUGGCGAAAACCUAUGACGAUAACUUGCUCGAUUAACAGCAGGUCUACCAGACAGUUAUACGAAAAUUAGCCUAGUCAAAUCACCAGUAGCCUACACAUCUCUGAUUGAUUGACCAUCAGUGUAGUCGAUGUUCUUCCCCUGUGGUUCAUAUUGCUAAUGCGUGAGCUAACCACGGAUAGCCUACCUAGCUCACUGGCAAGCUGGUAUGCUAGCUAAGCAUAUUCGUUUUGCUGAGAAACAUAAAUUGAAGAUAACUGAACAUAAUUGUAUUAUUAAUGUCAUACAUAUAACGUGAUUACAUAACACAGUACAGUCACGGAUGGAAAUUAAACUCCGUAAACAUUUGAUAAUAUAUUAUAAAACAUAACGGCAGCUAGCCUCAAGUUUGUUCUGCAAUCGUUCGUUCAGGUUGAUGGGCUUUUCCGCACCGGACUGUCAAUCACAUUGUAAAAAUCACAAGACCACUUAACUCUAUGGUUUUGGCUCCAAAUCGACAACAUGGCCGCGCCCGCCAUUGUGCUUCAAAAUGUGUUUUAGAGACCCACGGAGAGUCAAUGGGUGACGUCACAGUAGCUUUGUCCAUAUUUUUUACAGUCUCUGGUCAGGUAUAAAAGUCUAUGGUCCGGGGGGGCGGGGGCCAUAGACAUAUGAUAAAUGAUGCUUGCAAUCCUACUCAUGUUAGCUAGCAAGCAAAUAGCAAGAAAUCAAGCUUGUUCUAAUGAAAAAUGUUUCAGCUAAAUAUAAUAAUACAUUCUUUACUUUCUAGCCUGCUUGCCAGGUUAAAAUUAUUGUGGUUAUGUAAACCUAACGUUGGGUUGAUACACACUCCUCUCUUGAACGUCUAGCAGCGAUUAUAGCCUAACUAUCGAGAUUCUAAGUAACUGGAAAUAAAACUUUUUUUUUUUUUGUACUCCACGUAGAUCAUAAACCCUUGAAUAUAAAAACGACUAAUUGAAAUCGGUUAAGAAAUGUAAACAUUAUAGUGCUUUUUAUCCAGAAAAACCGCAGCUCCCCCGUUCACUUGUAUUCGUUUUCAGGCCAGUCUUGCCUGGUCCAAUAUGGCGGCGACGUUGACGUACGACCCAAAGGCCAAUGCGGCGUCUAUGUACAUAUGUCUAUGGUGGAGAUUCCCCACCAGCUAGUUUGCAAACCGCCAAUAAAAACCGAAGAAGAAGAUGAUGAUGGAUGUAGGUGGGACGCUGGCGGAAGUACGGGAGUGACCGUUGAAGCUGGAGAGGCUCGACGGACGAGCGUGAUCUGUUGAGCGGUGUGGUGUUUGGUGGAGCGAAGUUCAAACAGUUUAUGGCUUUUGUUUUGUUUUUUCUUUUGACUGUUAGGUGUGGACACUUCUGAAAGGAUUAGGAUUUAGAGAAGCACGAGCGCAUCCCGGCUUGGGGUUUCCGGCCGGGGUUAGCCGUGUAGAAAGACCUUUACAGUUUUUCUCAAAUGUUUACACACUAAAACUGGAACUAUGCACACGAUGGUGAAAGCUUGAAGCUCAUGUGUCAACAAUGUUUCUGCAAAACCCUAAGCACAAAUCCUUUGUUUUCACUCAAAUAGCAAUUCUAUAUCACAUUUUUGCACAACUCUACACACAAAAUCUCAUAAUUUAGCACAAUUUUACUAAUCAAGCCGUUUGUUCACAUGGAGAACACUGGCCUUCAAAUGCCAAACUCUAUGUACCAAUUGGUCUCACUCAUGCCACACCUGCUCAAACUCAAUUGGCUAAACUUUUCAAUUAUCUGUCAGAGCAUAAAAGAGACCUCAGGUGACCUCUAUUGUGUUGGAAAACAAUGGAGCAACACGCAGCACAGAGAGGUAGAGGUAGAGGAGGAGGUGGACAUGUACGAGGUGGACGAAGAAGAGGGAGACUAAUAUUUCAAAUGAAAUACGCGCAACUUUGGUUGAUCACGUAUUUGUUUUUUGUUUUUUUUACAGCAGGCCUACAAACUACGAUUUUUAUUUUUGCAGUCUGCUGAACAAAUUUAUUUUACAGUAACAAAUAAAGAUUUGCUUUGUUA